AUGUCUAAUGACGACGAAGAAUAUGCCUCUCGUGAAGGCUCACUAAUGAGUUCCAAUGGCGGCAGGAGAAAGCGAUCCUCUCGUCCCAAGACUUCCUACAGCAUCGCCCAUGCACCACCCAAAGGCAGUGCGCGACACAAGAUCCACGUCCGCGCCAAACCCUUGUUGCAGUUGCACCAACUGUCCCACUCUACAAGGCCUAUGCCCGCCUACGAACUCCUGCCCUCGGCCAUCUUCUCUCCCUCGCUGUCGCGCGCCAUCUCAAAGACUUUCCGCACCCGCCACGGCCUUUGUCCUGCCGACUUGGCCAUUGUCAAGGCCGAGAAUUACCAUCAACACGAAGCGUCGCCCAAAGAGGAGGAUGAGUCAAGAGACGUUCUGGCUCUUGUCUGCAAAGGCCGAAAGGGAGAUGGCAACACAACAUCCAAGGCGAGGCUCUUUCUCGAAGACGGAAGCGAGUGGGAGGCAUACCCCCUGCCCAAUGGUGGUUACGAGUUCUUUAGUACCGACGCACACGGCUUGGGUAUGACUGCACGCUGGGUCCUCCGCCGUCCCAAGGCUAGAAGAAGUCAGUCUGCCUCAGACAUGACCACGUCCUGGGGCACCGACAACGCCAACCAGAACAAGAAGUUUAACUUCAGCACAAUCUCUACUAAUUCUCGUCGCCAUCCUGUCAUUGCAUCACUCACGACCACAUCUCUUGACAUCAACGAUUCUUAUACCGUCCCUUCGCCUCUGGCGCCCUCGCCUGAAAUGUCAGAUCAUGAGCAAGAGGGAGCCGCCCAAGAUGCCGGCACUCCUUCCGAGCCAAUCAUUACAACUCAGUCUCUGAAGACUCUGAUCACUGCUACUGCCAUCUGGGUAACCCUUCGUGAGGGCUGGUGCCCUGGCUAUCGUUAUGAUGAUAUUAUGCUACGAUCACCUUCUCUCAGACUCAAUACCUCUCCUAUCAAGACAUCUCUGGAUCUGUCUCCUGCUGCUACUCUAAAAGACGAUACUCCACGAAGAAGUGGCAGUAUCGCUCGUAUGUUCCGCUCUUCUGGGGUCAAGCGACGAUCUACCUCCUCUCAGGUAGAUGGCUCUACCUCGACUGACGAGGCUCCUGUCGCCAGGAGUUCCAGUGCAAGGAGAGCUCGUGCAGACUCUACCAACACCGUCUUGGUUCAUUCUAAGCGUCCCCGAGGACGUCGUGCUGAUACUACCAGCACCACUGCAUCGGGACUCGCACAUAUGGAUCUCGCACAAAGCGACAUGACCGAAGAGGAGGAAAGCGUCGAGAACACAGCUGCCAUGCUUGCCAAAUCCUCAAAGCACUCUUCGGCACCUACGCCCUUGAUCCCUGCUCUUGACCUGCACGAAAGCGAUGAAGAAGCAGAAGCUCGCACCCCUCGUCCAGCUUCCGUCAAAUCAAAGGAAAUCGAGAGAAAGCUAGCUGCCGUAGCGGCCCAGCGCCAGAAGCGCGCAAGCUCCACCACCUCGGCCAAUAGUAUAGUUGCCGGUAAGAUCGAAGCAAACACACCUCCCAAAACAAAGAAGAGCAGCAAGUUCAGAAGGCUCUUCUGUGGCAUGGCAGGAUAA